UGCUGGGCACCUGGGAGGAUAUCAUGCUCCGCUGCCUGAUUUCCCUGCAAGAAGGAAGAAUCCAAAGAAACCUGUUCUAGGACUGGAUGGUUCACCCUGACAGAGACACCUACUGUACCCAUCGCAUGGACGCAGAGGACCUGGCAUAUGAUUGCUACUGAGGAGAUAUGGAGCCCGCAAUGAAUGCAGAACUCUGGGCAUCCAAUAAAUGGUUGUAUACAGCAGAACCCGCGGCUGACGGACCACCCAUUCCACCUCCGUGCCCGGGAUCUGUGGUUGCACAGCAGGCCUUACCCGCACUCACAGUAGAUGUGCAAACACCCACGGUCAAGGCGGAUGACCCCAGUUCUUCUUAUCUGACCAAUAUGGACUGUCCUGUCUGCUUCAGCAGAUAUGACAUCUACCGGGUUCCCAAGGAGCUGUCCUGCAAACAUAACUUCUGCGCUGUAUGUCUUAAGCUACUGAUCCGCAACGAUGGUGGAACCUGGCUCAUCUCGUGCCCCAUCUGCAGAGCUUCCACCGCAGUAUUUGGGGGGCUCGUAUGUACUUUGCAGAACAAAGAGUCACUAAUGAGCAGACUGGAGAACCCUGGACCCAAAUAUGGGGUUCCCUGUGGAGGCUCUGAGACACCAGAGAGUGCUGUGAGACUGCGCAGUGAUGGCCACGGAGUCUCGGAUGAUGAAAGUCAUGGAAACCUGAGAAUGGCGGCGAAAAGACUGGUCGUCCUCUUCAUGAUGCUGCUCAUCAUUCUCAUCAUCAUCCUCCAGUUUGUGUAUACAGGAAUCAUGAAGUGGGUGCUGGGGUUCCUACUGGGGGUGGUCGUCAUUAUCACUGUCCUGCUCUGCUUCAACCCAAACUGCAAGAUGAGGCUGUCAAAGACAGGGAGCCAACAGAAAGAUAUUGUCAUAAUGUCACUGCCUGAUACGUGCACUGCGUGAUACAUGGACUGAAACGUGCGCUGUGUGAUAUAUAUACUGUAACGUGCACUACAGAAUGUGAUACAUGGACUGAAACGUGCACUGUGUGAUAGAUAUAUACUGUAACGUGCACUACAGACUGAAACGUGCACUAUGUGAUAUAUACUGUACAUUCACUACAGUAUGUGGUACGUGGACUGAAACGUGCGCUGUGUGAUAUAUAUACUGUAACGUGCACUACAGAAUGUGAUACAAGGACUGAAACGUGCGCUGUGUGAUAGAUAUACUGUAAUGUGCACUACAGAAUGUGAUACAAGGACUGAAACGUGCACUGUGUGAUAUAUAUACUGUAACGUGCACUACAGAAUGUGAUACAAGGACUGAAACGUGCGCUGUGUGAUAGAUAUACUGUAAUGUGCACUACAGAAUGUGAUACAAGGACUGAAACGUGCACUGUGUGAUAUAUAUACUGUAACGUGCACUACAGAAUGUGAUACAAGGACUGAAACGUGCGCUGUGUGAUAUAUAUACUGUAACGUGCACUACAGAAUGUGAUACAAGGACUGAAACGUGCGCUGUGUGAUAUAUAUACUGUAACGUGCACUACAGAAUGUGAUACAUGGACUGAAACGUGCACUGUGUGAUAGAUAUAUACUGUAACGUGCACUACAGACUGAAACGUGCACUAUGUGAUAUAUAUACUGUAACAUUCACUACAGUAUGUGGUACGUGGAGUGAAACGUGCGCUGUGUGAUAUAUAUACUGCAACGUGCACUACAGUAUGUGAUAUAUGGACUGCAACGUGCGUUAUGUGAUAUAUAUACUGUAACGUGCACUACAGUAUGUCAUAUAUGGGCUGCAACG